ACAUCAUCACAUUCACUUUCGAACAUUAUCUCAUCAACUUCCACUCGCUUCAUCUAGCUCACCAUGCGUUUCGCCGCUGCUACUAUCGCUCUCCUGCUGGCUGUUGCCUCAGCCACUCCAGUUCCUGACGUGAACGAGGCGAACCUCGACAAGGAGCCUGAAAGCAGGACCAUCGUUGACCUCGGCUUCCUCCAGGCUCACGAGACUCGCGAUGUCAACAUCGCAGAUGUUGUCGUAGCCAGAGCUUCUGAUGAUGUCGACAACUCCCUCGAGCGUCGUGUCUGGCCUCAUGACCACCAGAGUGGCAUCUUCAAGGCUGGCAACGGCUACUACAAGAGAAUCGUCACCGGCCUCAUCAUUAAUGGAGUCAACGUAGCUGUGACCGCUUGGUUCAACGACAUCCAUACACUUUUCUUGCAGUUCGAUGCCGCCUUCCCCAACGCCCCUAACUUCGUCUUCGCCGGAUUUGAGGAUGUCUCUACCGGGGUGGAGCGCGCCCCCUGGAGAAUUAGCUGGGACGAGAUCUACAGCCUAGCCAUCAAGCCCGGUGAAAGGUUCCAGUUUGAUAACUCAUUCGUCAUGUGGUGGAAAUAAAUGACACCCAAGCUCUGAUGAACCUCAAACGUGGUUUUGGCGACGUCACUCACAUUGGGGUUCACAGAAAAGCUCUUCUGCAGCACGGUGUCUUGACAAUUGCUAUCUCUGUGUCUGUUCGCGGUUGGAAAUGCAUUCGGGUUCGAUCCCGAUGCUGGUCGCCAGCUGCCAAAAGGGGCUUGUAGACGGCCAGGGGGGGGGGGGGAAGAGCGCUAUGCCAGUCAUUCAUUAUGUUUCAAUCAUUCUAUCCGGCAAUAUAAUCUUUUCCACUAAUAGGAUUGGAACCUGAAGUGUUCAUGACGAUUACACGUGAUAUCCAUCAAAUUACCU